AUGCGCCCCUUACUCAUAUUGACGGCAUUACUGCAAACGGUAUUCGCAUUUACCGUUCUACCAUAUAUCCAGAUUGAUUACGCACAUUAUUUCCAUCUGGCACAGUGCCAAGCGAAAUGUGCUCAAAAGUAUGGCACGCCAGCAACUCGUCAACUUCUGGACGGAUCUGUCGAGGAAUUUCUCGAUGUCCACAACAAUGACUGUGAAGCUUGUGAAUCCGGUUGCCAUCAGCAUCGCCGCAUACAUGGCAAAGGUCAGCGUGGACCUACAAAAUCCGCAGUCAGUGAUGGCCUUCAAUUCUGGAUCGAAAGCAGUGCCGAUAGCGCGAAAGCCGGCUCGACUUUGAUCUCUUCUGUACAGCUACUGUGUCAGAAUUCGUCACCAGAUGAAGAACUUGGAGAAUCCUUUGAGGGCUUCAUCAGCAUUUCUCUGCUCAGACCCAGUGGACCAACAAAGUUCGUUGUUCAGUGGAAGCAACGUACCCAAACCAUGGGCUACUAUGAGGAAACUCAGUGGAUUACUGCAUCGAUUGAAUCCAGUACUUUGUUCCAAGUGAAAGGACUGAUUCCUGCUGUGCAGUAUCGCUUCAUGGUCACUGCAGUUGGACCAGCUGGUCGACUCGGUGAAACGAUUACUAGCCCAUGGACGUCCGUUUCGAGCAUCUCUGGGCCUAAGCCUCCAGCUGCUCCGUUGAUCAUAAAAAACGGCUACAACUCGGAUCGUGGAGUGACUGCUCAUCUUGAAUGGUCUCGAACACCACAGGACUCGUGCUACUACAAGCUACACCUCAGUAACGGUUCUACCCAAGCUACUCGUGACAUCGUUUUGGAUUCAUCCACUUCCAUUCUGCUGCCUGAGCUCGAGUUUGAAACCGACUAUGCCGUCACAAUUUCUGCGAUCUCAGUAGACAAGCUCCAAAUGAGCAAACCGGUUACUGCUAACUUCAGAUCGCUUCAGUGCAAAGACGUUCAUGGCCGUGGAAGUCUUCAAUGCCCUCCUGAGCCGGUAUCUGACCUAAAUGUCGUCGUUCGACCGAAUGGAACAGGCAUUGUCUCAUGGACUCCAUCGGCUGAUCCUCAGAACAUCCUUUUCUAUCAAAUCGUCUUCCAUGCCGUUUCAAGUGCGUACGAGUGUCAAGUUCAACCGGAGACGAUCAACGUCAGAGCGGCAUCUACCUCUGCUGAAGUGACGUUUCCUGGACACCACUGUGAAUACAUGGUCCGUCUGAUCAACUACGACCUAAUCGGACGAGAUUCCUCGGCCGAAGUGCGAGUCCUCAUUCAACCAGUGCUUCCAUCUCAGUUCGACAUCAUUUUCCGUCCUGAAUGUCUCCUCAUCGGCGCUUUCAUCGUGCUACUUCCCUUUAUCUGCCUUCUUCUUCGCUGCCGAUGUCGUCGGCAGUGUCCUCAAAGGGUAUCCGAAAAACAACAGAAACUCACCCAAUACGCUUGA